GACUCAUCUGAGGAAGUCGACCUGACUAUGGUUUAUCAGGCAGCAUCUAAUGGAGAUGUCAAUGCUCUGACUGCAGUGAUUCGGGAAGACCCUGCCAUCCUAGAAUGCUGUGACAGUGAAGGAUGUACACCCUUGAUGCAUGCGGUUUCUGGACGGCAAGUGGACACAGUGAAGCUGCUGCUGAAGAUGGGAGCCAAUAUCAACAUGCAGGAUGCUUACGGCCGCACGAGUUUAUGCCUGGCCACCUACUUGGGUUGGCUCGAAGGAUUUGUGAGUCUACUCAGAAAUGGUGCCAAGCACAAUAUCCCAGAUAAAAAUGGCCGUCUGCCACUGCAUGCUGCCACUGCUGAGCCCGACGUGAGGCUUCUGACAGUCCUGUUGCAACAGUCGAGCCUCAGUGAGGUUAAUCACCAGGACAGUGAGGGAAUGACACCACUCCACUGGGCAGCUUUCCACAACCAGCCUCAACACGCCCAAGUGCUGUUGAAGAAGGGAGCAGACCCCACCCUUGUGGAUAAAGACUUUAAAACGGCUCUCCACUGGGCAGUCCAGAGUGGAAAUAGAAUUCUGUGUUCCGUCAUUCUGAGCCAUCACCAGGGGCCGUCCAUAAUCAACUAUGACGAUGAGAGUGGGAAGACGUGCGUGCACAUCGCGGCAGCAGCGGGUUUCAGCGACAUUAUUAACGAACUGGCAAGAGUUCCCGAGUGUAACCUCCAGGCUCUGGAUGUGGAUGACAGAGUACAGCCUGCUCGACCCCUUCCCUCCCAGAACAGUCGACCCCAGAAGAAGGAGGGACGGUUCAGCGUGCUCAACCAAAUCUUCUGCAAAAACAAGAAAGAAGAGCAAAGAGCCCAUCAGAAGGAUCACAGCUGGGACCGACACAGGGGGGGCGACACCUCGGAAGUUGAUGACAUCAUCACUACCUUUGACAGCAUCGUGGGUACCAACUGCCAAGAACAGCCUGGUGAACAGGUGGCUAUGGUUGAAUUUAAGAAGAGGACCUCAGAGAAUUCAAAAUAUCUCUUGCCAGAAAAGAAACCGCUGGCCCCUAAGGGGCUUCCACCAAUCAGAACGCAGAGUCUCCCACCCAUCACCCUGGGCAAUAACUUCCUGACAGCCUCCCACGGGGCCACUUCCCACGCAGGCCUGAGCUCUGGUCCUCACCCUACCGCACAGCAAUCUCAGAAAAGCCGAAGUGAGCAGGAUUUAUUAAAUAACAGAACUGGCUGCCAAGUGUUGCUAGAGAACCACUGGAGAAGUGAUCCUAAUCAGGUGUUCUCCUACAAAUCUUGGACUGUGUCUUCUUCUGAUAAGCUGCUAGACAGGUUACUCGCUGGCCGGCCUGGUCACCAGGAAGUCUUGGUGCCACCACACCUUCCUCAUCUACAUAGUCCAUCAUCAGGACAAAAUUUUCAUCAUCUUUCCCCAAACAGACCCAAAAUCAGGGAUCUUCCUUUCACUCGGAACAACCUAGCUCCCCUACCAGACCAAAAAUUUCUCUCUGGAGAACCUCUACGGACAAACAGAGUGCUUCCUGCUAUUCCAAGCCAGCGGGGACGCAGCACACCGGCUGAGGAGCGUGAGGACUCCGGCAGUCCUGCCAACAGUGAAAAGUGACUGUGGCUGCCAACCGCAAGAAAUAGAGAUUAUAUAUAUUUUCAGCUCUCAAAGGAUGAGAUGCCUCUAGUUUGUAAGAACAAAGACUUUAGUAAGCUGCAUUCUAUAAGCCAUUCAGUUUUAUAACUCAAAAUUCUUUAUUUCAAAUAAAGAUAACUUCCUAAAUAAGCCCUUAGAAUCUUUGAGCGUGCAUAUAUUGUAAGUCUGUGACUUUCUGUGACCUCUACAUGCCAAAAUUAAAAGACAAAAUAUGUU